UUUCUCAGGGACGGAGCAGCUCGAGACUCUACUGCGGCGGCGAGCACAGCUUUCCUCUCACGCAAAGCCCUCAAGACUCAGUCUUUUCUUUUUGGCGUUGCUUACCUCUAGUACCUCUGGUCGAUAAGCUCCGCAUGAUUUAAACAUUAUUGUUCCAGUUAUGCGACCCAGAACAACUUUUGCCCUCAUCUUCAGUCAGUUGCUUGCUGCGUAGCGAGAAUUCAUUCAUAUUCCGUUUGAACGACGGAUGGCGAUCAUGUUCAUUGCUGUUGGAUGUACGCUGGUUUGUCGUGUUGUUGGAUUAAACGGGGGACGCAGCACGUUCUAAAGUGUUUUGCGAGAUGAGGUCGGAUUGGUAAUGAUUUUAGUUGGGCUGUAGGCUAAUACUGCUCGUACUAAAGGUAAAGUCUUCGUCGGAGUGGAUCCUGAGAGACUGAGUAUCUGUGCAGUAACCGCAGGGAUUAAACGCGAGUGGAAUCAAAAGCGCGCGGCUGAUAUGGGUUCUGUUAUUUGUGACAAGAGAUUAGCGGGCCUCCUCCUCCUUCAAGCCUCCUCCCUCCUGCUGUUCAGUUCUGGGGAAAGGAUGUGCCCCUAUAGCUGCCGUUGCGAGGGAAAGAUUGUCCAUUGUGAGUCGGCUGGCUUCCAAGACAUCCCAGAAAAUAUUUCAGUUGGUUGUCAAGGUCUAUCCCUGCGCUACAAUGACCUGCAUACAAUGCUCCCUUACCAGUUUGCCCAUCUUAACCAGCUACUGUGGCUGUACCUGGACCACAAUCAAAUCAUGUUUGUGGAUAGUCGUGCUUUUCAAGGGGUGCGGCGAUUGAAGGAGUUGAUCUUGAGCUCCAAUAGAAUUUCACAGCUUCAUAAUGUCACUUUUCACGGAGUACCUAACCUACGCAGUCUCGACCUCUCCUACAACAUGUUGCAGGAGCUGCAGCCGGGCCAGUUUUUUGGUCUUCGAAAACUGCAGAAUCUGCACUUGCGGUCCAACGGGCUGACGACGAUCCCUGUCCGGGCGUUUCUUGAGUGCAGAAGCUUGGAGUUUCUAGACUUGGGCUAUAAUCGGCUUCGGGUUCUUACUCGUACGGCAUUCCUGGGUUUGUCUCGACUUAUGGAGCUCCACCUGGAGCAUAAUCAGUUUUCACGAAUCAACUUCUUUCUUUUUCCUCGCCUUGCUAACCUUCGUGCCCUGUAUCUACAAUGGAACCGUAUUCGAGCUGUCAACCAAGGCCUUCCGUGGAGCUGGUACACCUUGCAAAAGCUUGAUAUCUCUGGCAAUGAGAUACAGGUACUAGAUCCUGUAGUAUUUCAAUGCCUCCCCAAUCUUCAGGUCCUCAACUUAGAGUCUAACAAACUGGCCAAUAUGUCUCAGGAGGUUGUGGCUGCCUGGAUCUCCCUAACAACCAUUAGCCUUGCAGGCAACAUGUGGGAUUGUGGACCAGGCAUUUGUCCUCUUGUUGUCUGGCUCAAGAAUUUCAGAGGCACCAAGGACACUAGUAUAAUCUGCAGCAGUCCUAAGCACCUUCAAGGGGAGAAGGUUAUGGAGGCUUCAAAGACCUACAUUGACUGUGAUGACUACGAAAUUACUGCUCAAUCACCUUUGUAUCUGCUGACCUUUGAUCCAAAUUUUGACCUUACUCUUGAACCGACUGACCCGACAAUGGCUCCUACAACACCGCCUCCACCCUUGCCUUCACCUGCCUCUGAGGUGCCAUUUCCACCUCCCCAUCCUCGACCGCCUCAACGCCCCACCUUCCCCAGCCGUGCAAAUCCAGAUCCCAGAGACGCCCAUCAAUGGACACCCUCAUCAUCCGACAGUUUAUUAGUCACGCCAGCUCCUGAGCAAGACAACGUGUCAUUUCACAAAGUGGUGAUGGGUGGGGUGGCACUGUUCCUCUCAGUGUCCCUUGUCUUGUCAGUAAUUUAUGUCUCCUGGAAACGUUACCCUGGUGCCACCCGGCUUUUGCAGCAGAGUACAGUGGGCCGUAAGCGUAGGAAAAAGAGUCAGGAGCCUGAACAGAACCUGAGCUCCCAGCUCCAGGAAUAUUACAUGAGCUACAACCCUGCAGCCACGCCAGAAGCCUUGGAAGUGCUGGGCAAUGGGACAGGUACCUGCACCUGCACCAUAUCCAGCUCCCGGGAAUGUGAGAAUGAAUACACAUGUCCCAGACCGUUACCUGGAGCUUGGAUUGGAGACAUACCCACCAUACACUGAAGGGACUGUUUUGUUCCUCAAAAUAAUCCACCGGCAGAGGAUUUGUGCCUACCUGCAUUUCAUCAGUCGCAUCAAGCUUUGUUCUCAUGAUACCACUCAUGCUUUCAGUGCUUCUUUAAUGGAUUUUGCUGGAUAUUCUUCAGUCAGACACUGCAAACGGACAUCUGAGAGACAGUGGGAACAGAUGCAUAUUUUACUAAAACACAUUUGGAUGCCUCACUUUGUUCUUUAAUGCGCCUGGAUACAUGUAUCAGGUUUAUUUGGGAAUCCUUUGGUGGAACAUACCAAUGAAAGUUAUCCAGCCUUUGACGAAUCGCCCAGCGUCAUUUGACAUUUGUGUGGACCUAUACAUAAACUACAAACUUUGUUAAUAUACCCUCGAAUUUAAAACAGGACUUGCCCUUUCCUCUGUUAUUUAAUGUACAU